AUACGUUGCUCUCAUUCUUGUUCUUUUACGAAAAUUCAAAUUCUCACCAUGGUUGACGAAAUUACUACAGCACCUGCUCCUGCUACGCCAGUGAAGAAAUCUCCGGCGAAAAAAGCAGCAUCCAAGCCUAAGACUGCUAAGCCUAAAAUUGCCAAAGCCGCUCAUCCACCAGCAUCUCAGAUGGUUCUGACCGCGGUUAAAGAGCUUAAGGAACGCAAAGGAUCUUCUCUGCAGGCCAUCAAAAAGUUCAUUGCUGCUAAGUACUUAGUUGACCCAAAAUCUCAGGCCCAUUUCAUCAAGAAAUAUCUGAAAUCUGCCGUGGCUAGCGGUGCUUUGGUUCAGACCAAAGGGGCGGGAGCUGCUGGAUCUUUCAAGUUGCCAGUAACAAAGAAAGCUGCUGCUCAAGGCAAACCAAAAGCGCUAAAACCAAAGGCCCCGAAAACGAAAUCUAAGCCUUCUGGUGCCAAGAAGGGCCUCAAGAAAGCUGUUGCUCCUAAGACCAAGAAAACUAUUGCUCCCAAAGCCGCAAAAGCAGCAAAACCAAAAACUGCUGCUAAGAAACCUGCCAUCAGCAAGAAAACUGGCAAAGCUCCCACUUCCAAGCCCAAGAGCCCCAAGGCCAGGAAAGUUCCAGCUAGCAGAGGCACACCCAAAAAGUAAAUUUCAAUCCUGAUUGUAACAUUUUUAACAAUCGGCCCUUUUCAG